AUGUCAUUUGUCCCUAAACCACCUGCGAGUUAUCAUCAUUCGGCGUCAUACACCUACGGAACAAGUGAAUCUCAAUCUCAGUUCGCUUCGGGCGUUUCACAAGCACGAAGUACCGCAUCCCCGACUCAACCUAGUGGACUAAAUCCUAAUCAACUUUACAAUUGGCCACCCAAGAAUCCCAGUCCUGUGCCACCGCUAUCACUUCAAUCGUUCGUGCUCCCUCCCCUGUUAAGCAUCUUGAGAAGUCUCAAUACUGAAGCUAGUAUCUUUUCAAGUAGAAAUUCGAUCUCCUCGCCUUCUGCUCACGUUCACAUCGGUCAACAAUCGAACAACAUGCAACAGUCUCAUUACAGUCCAACUCAGACCUUACCUCAGGUCCAACCUCAUUACGGGGCCUCGACAACCACAAAUCCAUCUUCAGUCCCAAACAUGAUGUUGCCACCCUUACGAAUGCCCACUCCCAACGAUCCGAGAGUCAAUCCUCCAUACGCGAGCUCAGCUCCCCCACCAUUGAACAGCAAUCAUUAUGGUUAUUCGUAUUCCACCAUGAACCAGUACUCACCAUAUCAAAGACCAUCAAUCUACUACAACGGUGGCCACGUCACUCAAAAUUCCACCUCGUCCUCUGCCGGAUCGGAACUAUGGACACCCCUAUCUGCUACCCCUUCCGGUGGUUAUCCAAUAUUCAACAGCAGUAACAAUCAAUCGAAUAGCAAUAGUGGUACUCCGACUUUUGGAGCUCAACCGCCACCUCAUCAACCUAAUACACCCAGCACCAUUCAGCCUUCUGCCUUUCCCUCUUGGCAACCUACAUCGGAUCUGCGAAGUAGGAUAGAUGGGAAUGGAAGUAAUGGUCAAGGUACGAUAUCACCUCUAGGUAUCUUGGGAGGAGGUGAGAAUGGUUCAAGUUUAACCGAUAGAAGAUCAAGUACACCAGGUGGUCAGAGCUCUACCACCGCUGGAGGUGGGAAUGGUGAACGAUGGGAUAGACCAAGUUUGGGUUUAUCUCCUGAUAACUCCGAUAGACUAUCGACAAGCGAUGAAGAGAAACCGAAGAUAACAAAGAAAGGUAAAGGUAGUACUGGUAGUGGUACGGACGAACCUGGUGGUGAUGGAACAACAUCAUAUACGACUGAUGCUGAGGUCAAGCAGACUCCCGAGCUUAAAAGGAUGUGCUUCAACUGUACCAAUAAAUCGCCACCUAGCUGGCGGAAAUCACUUCUUCACCCAGGUAAAAUCCUAUGCAACAAAUGUGGUAUAUUUGAGAGGACGCACCAUAAGCCGAGACCACCUCAGAACGAUGAUCAGAAAUUACGAAAACAGACUCCUGUUCCUGGUCCUACUACUGGGUCGUACCGAAGGGAGAUUCCACCUCAGUUACAGGUCAUGAGAGAUGAUAGUGACGGAAGUCCCGCACCUCUUUCACCGUACUCCAAUGUACCCUCUCAAGCUACACCUGUAUCAGCUACUUUCCAAUUCCCAUCAAGCUAUAACUCACCUUCAUCGACACUACUCCCCUCGUCCGGACCGUCAAGUACUGGACCUCGAAAGUUCAUGGGCUCGGGAAUGUGGAACCAAACUUCCCCAUCUUCACAUUCACACUUGCUCAACACUCCUGUAUCUUCGUCGUCUGCCACGACACUAGAUGGGGGAGAUUAUUCGUCUUCAUCUCCUAUCAGAGGUGUAGGCGUGGGAGUAGGAUAUCACGGACACGGCUCAUCACCUUACGCUCAUGCUUAUGCAAAUCGAAGGACAUAUUCGCAUCCUGUCAGAGUCAGUCCCAUCAUGCCUUCCUCCGCUGGUCCUAUUUCCCAAUUCAAUCAAUUCAACAAUAACGGUAAUUAUGACAAUCACAAUAAUGGAUAUUGUUCUCCUGGAAAUUGGAAUUCCACAAGAAGACAUUCCGAAAUUCAACUAUUACCAUCUCUAUCUUCGUCUUCGUCUGCUAACUCCUUAUCUCAAUCGAACAAUCAAGAAUUACAAGUCGGAGGUUCGGCAGAUGGUCAAUCGCAAUCCCAAGUAUCGAACAACGAUAUGAAUAAUACAGAUAGUGGGAAUGGAAAUGGUAAUGUAGUGAAAUCUGAAUAA